UUGUCGCGGGAAUGUGGUGCCUAGUCGUUGGGCAAGAUGCGGUCAGAGUCAGCGGGUCCGGCUGCUGUUGAUGGGCGCCGAGUUCCGGGUUACACUUGGUUCCUGCCUCUCACACCGCCCGUUGCCAGGGACGCGCUAUCGCGAUUCCCCAGCAGCAGAGUUAAAACCUGGCCCCGUCCGGCCGCCGAGUCACUGAGUAUUAUUUUCAAUGACUGGACCCUGUGAGUUGCAGAGAAUGAAAGGCAUUGCUGAGAGCAACUCACGUAAGGAGAUGUCUGGGCAGAUUGUUGGAAGGCUCACAGUUCCACAAUCUGGCAACCCAAGUGUAGCACGAAGGUUAAACCUGCUGUGGAAAUACUUGGAUGCAACUGGACUUCAAGGACUUCUGAAGGACCUGUGUGCCAGGCUGUUGAGGACAGAACUGCCACAAAAUCCAUAUCCGAGCCUUUUCCGUCAGGUCCAGCAGCAGGCAGAAGGGUUCCGAUUAACUAAAUUCACUCCAUCUGAAAGAAUUCUUCCCGAUCUGAGCUUACCGACAGUUUCCACUGCCAUUGGAUACGUAUCAGGUGCCUGCAGCUCCUCCCAGGUGUGGGGACUACCUAGUGUUCUCCGCUGCGUCUCUCCUGCUCACGUCAAACAAUACAACCAGCUGGUAGCCAGUGUCACUCCUCCUCCCACCAGUCUGCCUCAGUCCCCUGCCUACUCAGUUCAGGUGAUAGCUGCUCUCACAGGCCCGGGCAUUUUUACAGGAACUUUCUAUGACCUGCCUCCCGCUGUAGAUGUUCUCUUAAAUUUCAUCAUCGUCAGUUCAGAUGUCCAGGGAGCCGUAUCUGUCUAUGCAGAAUGUAUCAGGAAUGAUAUCAGCAGGACAGUCAAACAGGAAAAUCACGUGGUCCUUAGGUUGGUUAUCCCUAUCGACAAAAAUGGACAAAGGAAAGUUUUCUCCAGAGACCAGCUGACAGACCUCCCCGAUGACUUUCACUCCUGUGUCUCAGCAGCCGUAUCCGUAAAGCAGAUGGCUUGGCUGCAGUGCCUGUGGCGACUGAACGUGAAUGGCGGGGACUUCGUCAUGGGGGCAAAGCUGUAUAGUCUGAGCCUCAUUCGGCCCUCAGAUGAGUACAUGGAGGAGAGGGUUUUCGAUUAUUCAGAGCUUCCGCUGAUCCAUCUAUACUCCAGUGUCUUCCUCCAGCAGAGUCAUGCAGAAGCCUACUGUGGGAUGUUCAUCCCAAGGAAGGAGGCAAUUGACAAGGACCUGCAGCACCCACGGAGCAAGGCCUCCCAUAACUCUCAGCCAAGCGAGUGGCCGAGGGAUGCUCAGAAAAGUAUUUCAACCCCUUCCAAGGCGCCUCUUCAUGGCUUCCAGUAUACAAGGCAAGGCAAACACUGCCCAGAUUCUAGCCUCGUCUUGCAGACCAUCAGGACAAGCAUGUUGCAGAGAAUUGCAUGUAUUCCAUUGAGCACAGGAGCACUCGACAUUACCUAUUUCUCCAUCCUAAUGAUUCUUAUGGAGCUGGGAAACUCUGGGAACCAGGAACGUGGACCGCAGAUGACAGACAGAGAGCAGCAUCUGCUGGAGGGCUUAAUGCAGCUUCACAGGUUUCUUCAUGGUUCCGCCUCUCGAAUAUGGAACAUCCUAAACUUAACGCAGACCAUCUGCCUCCUGUUGGAAUCUGAGACUGUGGAGGUCAACCACAGAGAGAUCUAUCCAGUCGUAGCUGACAAAUGCAGGAAGCUGGUUUCUGAUUUUUUGGAUUCCGAUUACCAGAAGGUCUCAUCUGAUUUUGUGACACUCAGCAGAAUUUUGAAGAGAGGGAUGGUGUCAGCACUGCAUGCUCUACUGGAAGGUCCUUCCAGAAAACUUCUCAGCAACUUCCGGGCGGUGCUGUCUGUUGGAAUGGUGAUGUUGAUUCAGGCAGUGGAAGACUCCCUGCCCUGGGUGCCGGUGUUAAUUGACAGGAAGAGACAAGCAGAAGAUGUCUGUCAGGAAACAAGCCCUGACAGCCAGCAGGUUAACAGUGAACAUCCCCCUCAUGGUGCACCCAUACUGUCACACACCAGGGACCAAUACAUUAAUCUAGCUGGAGAUGCCAUGGAUGUAAAAUCCACUGGUCAGGAGGAACAGGACGCUGCCCUCAUAAAGUAUUGUGUGGACUGUCGGCUGGAUUGGCACUGGGAACAAUGCUUACAGGCAAUCUUUUCUGAAUUGCCUCUCCCACCAAAUCCUUACCCAAUAGUAGCUUCAGAAUUCAUAAAGGCUUCCUUAAGGAUGGAGCUAUGGCAGAAGAAAGAUGAGGAAAUUAUCCAUCAGACCCUAUAUUUUACUCGGAAACUGAUUGAUCACGAGAACCACAUCUUCCAGAUUCCAGACUUUGAGGCUUUUGGGUUAAAGAGUGCUCUCUGCAUGUUGAAUCUUAGCACCUUCCCAAGUGUCCUUGAGCAGAUCUCUUUGAUGGGAAACAGUAACUUCCCACAUCAAUGCCAAGACUUUAAGGUGGCCGUGGGUCUGGGUGUGAACAUCUCAGCUACCUGGCUCAGCUUCUUAACUCCGUUCUGUAAUGGUUUGGAACUGACUGAGUUUUACUACCUCAAAGGUCCUCCAGGAUGUCACGAAGAAGCACUUCAAGCUUAUGCUAACAUAGUGCACAAACACCUGGAGGAACUGAGGGUGCGGCUGAAGAGAGCACAGACCUUCACAAUGUGGCUCUCCGAGGGUCACCGCUGGACUGCCAACGACAUUCUCACAUAUCAAUCGGCAUUCACUGAGGCCUUGGCCCUCAGCGCCGCCAAAGGACAUCAAACAUACCUGAAGGUGCUUCAGUCUGCCCCUGGCUCCCCCUGCCAUUUUCUUCCAAUCGUUAAGUACUUUGUGCUGUAUUACUUCGAGGAUGAAGAAGAAAGGUGGCAAUGCUUUCCUCAUCAUGACUCAAUUGGACUUUAUCAAAAUGUUUUCCUUUCAAAGGAGGCUGUGAUAUUUCACUUCCAGAGAGUGGGUCCUCCUGGAGACCCAUUCAGUGGUAGAAACCUCCAUAAGGUGAUGAUGGUGCUUGACACUGACAUUCUCAACAGUUUUCUGAAGGAAGACAUUCUAGGUACCUACAGGUUAGUAGCAUUGAAGUGCUUGAUUAGUCAGCACUAUGACAUCAUCCCUGCAUGCUGGCGAAUGUUACACAGUUUGGCUGCUAAGCUUGACCACCUCAACCACCUCAAUGAAACCAUUCAGGAACUCCUCUCAGAUGAAGAUAUGAAUGACAUCAAGCCUGCUGGAGCAAGUCUGGGCAAAGUUGUAGAUGAGGCUUUGCUGAUGUAUGAGCAAGAAUUACAAAUCACAUUCGAGAAUCCAAGCUGCCUGGCACCAGGUGGCCUUCUGGACAUUGCCUGGAGCAAGAUUCAUGACAUUGAUACCAGCGUUGGUGGAAGGGGCAACACAGAUCUGCUGAAGGAUGUUGGUGUGAUGUGCCAGGCUGUGGCCGAUGUUGUUGCUUGGGAGAUUCAUGCUCUGUGCCCUGAAAUGGAAUUGUUGCUCCAUUCCCUCAACAAGCAGAGCAGCCCGCUGCCAGCAGUCAUUGCUUUACCACCAGCACAACAAACACAGCGAGGUGUAGAGACCUCAGAGUCCUGGAGGAUCCAGGAAACUCCAGUGCAGAUUAUCACCAGCAGGGAAGCACUGGACAGCUGGUGAUGACUGGAGUAGUGCACCAGUCUCCUCAGUGCCAAGGACAUCUUUAAAAACCGAUGCUUCAAAAAGGCAGUAACCAUAAUGAAGGACCUCUUAGAUAUGUGCUCUUCUCAUUACUACCACCAGGGAGGAGGUACAGGAGACUGAAGAUAAACACAUGAUAUUUUCGAAACAGCAUCUUCUCCUCUGAUUUCAUGUUUCUGAAUGAAACAUGAACCCAUGAACAUUUUGCUCUCUUUCUGCACUAGUUAUUUUUCAGAUAUACCUGAAGGUAUAUUUUAUGUAUUGCACUGUCCUGCUGGCACAACACAACAAAUUUCAAGACCUAUGUCAGUGAUAAUAAAUCUGAUCCUGAUUCUGAUUCAGUACAAUAUUUCUUAAAGAGAAAUAUUCAUUGCUAUGAAUUUGUGCUUUGCUGAUCUUUGAACCACUGGAGAAAGUGUAAGGAACUGCAGUGAAUUAAUGGCUGGAAGUCUUUAUGGUGCAUAUUGUGAUCAUACAUAUUAUAUAGUAGAAAUAUAGCAUACAGAAUCAGGUUUAUCAUUGAAUAGUUUUAUUCUUUAGAUAUACUGCACAGUAACAGGCCCUUCUGGCCCAAUUACACUCUUGUAAGCUACUAAACUAUAAGCUUAUUAACAACAGCAUCUUGAAGAUUUUUUAUAUAGUUUAUUUCUUUUUAUAUUUGUCAAAUGUACAUCAAAACAUUAAAACAUACAGUGAAAUACGUUGUUUGCAUCAGCAACCAAAAUACUGUGAAUAUGUGCUUGGGGGUAGCCUGCAAGUGUCACAAUGCUUCUGGUGCUGACAUAGUAUGCCCACAACUCACUAAACCUAACCUUUAGUCUUUGGAAUGUGAGAGUAAUCCAGAGGAAAACAAUGUAGUCAUGGGGAGAAUGUACACAUUUCUUACAGAGCAGUGUAAAUGAGCCUGGUUUAUUGGCAUUGUAAUCGCGUUACGCUAACUGCUACACUGCUGUGCUGCCCAGACUGUCAUUGACAUGUUGUGAAGGUCAUUGUUUUUCAGCCACAGUACUGUGUGCACAAUACAUAAAAGGUCAUAUAAAUUACAGUAUAGUAAAAACACUUAGAAAAAAAUAAAGUUUAUACUUUAAUGCAUACUUCAGAUAAGUAUACAGCACUUAUAUGCAGUGAUGAAUUGGGUGUUCUGUCACUAUAUACAUGUUCAGUGGCUACCUUUUGAUGAAAUGUAUUACCUGUAUUCUGCUAAACAGAUACUGUACAAUCAAUACCACAGUGGUUAAAGGCUACACAUAGCUGCCUAAACUAAACUAGACUCAUCUUUCAAUAGCGCUUUGCUUUUUGGUUCCAAAGAAGUUAUUUAAACCCCAUAGAAAAAGAUUAAUCUGAAUGACUAACGUUCCUGCCCAGUAUCUGAUACAUUCACAAAACAAAAUACAAAUAGUUACACAUAUCCACCCCUGAAGAUGUUGACCUGUUCAGCAGACUGUGAUUUUUCUUGCAUUAGUUCAUCUUCAUUGUCAGGCCUAAGUGAUAAAUACACAGGUAUUUCUCAAAAGGCCAUUCAACAGGUGGUGAACUAUUCCUGUAUGCCCACAGACACGUGCACACACACACACACACACACACACACACACACACACACACACACACACACACACACACAAUGGUGAUUGACAUUCAAUCCAGGGCAUCUGUAGCACUGGUGUGAAGAUUUAGGUGUUUGAAAAUUAUAUAUAAUUUAAAUGAAGCAUUGUCAACCCAAAGUAUUGAAGUGAACAAUGUCAUUGUAACCUUUGAAAUUGUAUUGAGUUAUCAUUGAUCUUAAGGUUCUAAAAAUGUGAUGUACCUAGAAGUUUGGAGGUCUCUUCAAAAAGUGUCUGCAGUAUGACGGAGGAGUGGUGGGGUGGUGCUAUGAAGUACCACUGCCACAGACAGCUGACAACAUCCACACCCUUGAUAACUCUCUUCCAGUCUCAGCAAGGUGAGUCUGCGUGUGUCCAGAACAACGUUACCUCUGAUUUAUUUAUUUUUUUUACAGCUGCAGAGACCAACCAUUGCUCUGAGCAGGAAAUUUUUACAGGACCUGAAAACUGCGCAGCACUUUAAAUGUUUUUUUUUGUAGACAGUGUCAGCAUUUAGCAGAUUGAUGGUUUAUCAACAAUGAACUAUCGACUCCCAUUCUAUGUUUGUAACUAAGUUGUAACUUGAAAUACUGACAAUGUAAAUGCUUUGAAACUCUAAAAUGUUUUAAUUUUUUUAGGAAACUUAUGGAUUAUAUUCUUUAACAUAAUUAA